UUGUCAACUUUUGUAUGAAGCAAUCGUGACUGAAUGAAAUGGCUCACAGAGCGCCGGCGAGGGCUCAGCUGCGGGGGACCGGCCGACUCGCCCGGCAGUUUGUGGACCCCAGUCCUGGAAACGGUCCCCGAACGGUCGGAAAGGCAGCCAUCGUGCAACCAGUCGCCGCUGGUUUCGUUCGGUGGCAAGAGAGCGCAGCCGUCCGGGUCAGCCAUGUACAGCAUGAUGGAGACUGAGCUCAAGUCCCCGCUGCCGCCUCAGCCCAACUCGGGCUCGGCGCCGGGCUCCAAGGGCGGCGGCGGCGGCGGCGGCGGAGGCGUCGGCGGAGCGGGCGACCAGGAGCGCGUCAAGCGGCCCAUGAACGCCUUCAUGGUGUGGUCCCGCGGCCAGCGGCGCAAGAUGGCUCAGGAGAACCCCAAGAUGCACAACUCCGAGAUCAGCAAGCGACUGGGCGCCGACUGGAAGCUGCUGACGGACGCCGAGAAGCGGCCGUUCAUCGACGAGGCCAAGCGGCUGCGGGCCAUGCACAUGAAGGAGCACCCGGACUACAAGUACCGGCCGCGCAGGAAGACCAAGACCCUGCUGAAGAAAGACAAGUACUCGUUACCCGGCGGGCUCCUGGCGCCGGGCGGCCCCGCGGUGGCCAGCCCGGCGCAGGUGGGCCAGAGGAUGGACGGCUACGCGGCGCACAUGAACGGCUGGAGCAACGGCGCCUACUCGCUGAUGCAGGAGCAGCUGGCCUACCCGCAGCACCACGGCAUGAGCGGCCCGCAGAUCCAGCAGAUGCACCGCUACGAGAUGGCCUCGCUCCAGUACCCCAUGAUGACCACGGCGCAGAGCUACAUGAACGCGGCCUCCACUUACAGCAUGUCCCCGGCGGCGGCGGCGGCGGCCGCCUACGGCACGCAGGCCGCCGUGGUGAGCGCCGGGGGGGCCGCGGGCAACCCCGCCCCGUCCAUGCAGGUGGGCCUGGGCUCCAUGUGCAAGAGCGAGCCCAGCUCCCCGCCGCCGGCCAUCACGUCGCACUCCCAGCGGGCCUGCCUGGGGGACCUGAGGGACAUGAUCAGCAUGUACCUGCCGCCGGGCGGGGACAGCGCGGAGCACUCGGCCCUGCAGGGCGGCCGGUUACACAGCGUGCACCCCCACUACCAGAGCGCGGGGACGGCGGUCAACGGGACCCUGCCUCUCACCCACAUCUGACUCAGUGAGAGCCCGCUCGCCAAAACUCACACACACGCGUACACGCGCUCACAAUAAGUAAGACUUCUCAGAAAACAAACAAACAAACGAAAAAAAAAAAAAGAAAAGUACUCUGAUACUUGAACUUUCGGGUUGCUGUAAAGCCAGUGUGUCAAACUCAAGGCCUGUGGGCCACAUCCGGCCCACUAAAGUGGCUCAUUCUUCAAUUGGAUUCCCACGCCGCACAAAUACCUUCUUAGUGUAAAUCGAACAAUCCUGAAGUAUUUGCUCACGAUUAUUUUCUACGACUUAUUUCAAAAUUCCAUUCGUCCAUUAAAAACAAAAAGAAAAAUCAUGAGGUCAUUUAUGCGGCUUACAACACAAAAAUUGAGUUUGACCCCUUGCAAAAAGAAACAAUUUUCACACACGCAAUAUCGUACUGUUCUUCUUGUGCUGUUUUGGACUGAGACUGUGACCUUUGAGUCCACCUGAGGAAAUUUGCAUUGCAAAAAUAAAAUAAAAAAGGCAGUUUUUAUGAUCACAAUGAUAUAAGCAAUCAAAGUGAUGUAGAAAAUUGGACUUCUAUAUAUUAAAUAAUGCCGCAUUUUCACCUGUGUGUGAAAAAGGCAAGUGGCCUCGUGGAGAGGCUGGUUUAUUUCAGAAAAAAAAAAUGUUUACACUUAAGUUGUAGAAUGUCACCUGUCCAAACUUCUAGACAUUUUCUUUUCUUUCCCUUCAUCACCUGUUUUGUUUUUUUUUUUUUUUCUUAGGUUGGAAUGAAAUCUUAAGACUGUGCUGGUCGCAAGCGCACGUUUUUUAUUUAUAGUCCCCCCCCCUUUCCUCUUUUCUUAGCUUGUGAUCCCAAUAUUUUGUCAACUGGAAAAUAUCUUCACAUUUGUUUUUUUUUUUUUGUUUUCCAAGUUUCAGUCAUGGUUUUUAGUUUGUUUUUUUUUUUUUGACAGUGUCAACUUUGCUCAUUCCCUGGAGUUAAAAAAAAAGUUGUUGUUUUUUUUAAUUUAAACUGACG